AUGAGUUUGCUACUAGCGAUCGACCCGUUACUUUUCGCACUAGUUCCAGUGAUUGGAAUUGUGUAUUCUUGGUUGACAGCAUGCUACGUCGACAAAUCUACUCUCGGAUCCGCCGCCAUUUUAGGUGUCUUCGAGGACAGGGGCAUCACAAAAGGAGAGUACAACCAUUUGGAAACUUUCUUCCGCGUGGGCUUCCUUGUUGCUCAAUGGCCGGGGUACUACACGAUGCAGAAGCUCUCGUUGGGUAAGCUUGUUGCCGUUCUCGUCUCUUCAUGGGGAUUGAUUGUGCUUCUGCACUGUGUGGCUACCAGAUACGCCGGUGUCCUGGUCGUUCGGAUUGCACUUGGUGCGGCCCAGUCGGUAGUAGUGCGUGCUAUGGAGAGGACUAUGGGGAUGUUCUUCGUUCGGAAGGAGCAUAAUUUCUUCAUCCAGUUCUCUGGAUCACUUCUGCGGCCUGGAAAAGCUACAGUUGUGGCAGCUUUCGUUUCUCAUGGCUUGCUUUGGAGCAACGGCCUUGACGAACACUCAGCAGAAUCUCAUCUCUAA